AUGAAUUAUCAAUAAAGAGAUUAUUAUUUUUAUGAACUAGAUUUAGUUGAUUCGAUAUUUUGUUGUUGUUUUUUUUUAUAAAAAUCUUUAGAAAUGAUAAUUAUUAGUAUCUAAAUUAAAACUAGUGCUCUUUAUUAUUAUUGUAGAUAAUCGGUAAAACCAUUUUUCUUUUAACAACUGCGCAUGAUGAAAGAAUUAUUUUUAUACUAGAACAUAUUCUACCCAAAAAAGAAAUUAGCAACUAUUUUACUGAAGACUGUUUAAAUCCUUUAAUUUCGAAUACAAUUAGAUUUCUACAUAACAAUAAACCAUGAAAUCAUUCUCGAACUACUUAAACCAUUGAUGUAAGAGAUAUAUAGAUAGUAUGAGUCGAUAACUUUAUGAUAUAUUUAUUUUUCGAUUGAUCGUGAAAAAUAGCCCUAGGAAAAAAUGAAUCUGAUAAAAACUAGACACAUUAUUAGUUUUUACUCGAACUUUCUCAUCAGUUAAACCGCAAGAUUUUAUCAUCAGUUUUGACUGUUAUAAUUACCUUGAAAAUACAGAAGAUUUUUGUAUUAUCAGAAUACAUAUACUAAUAUUAAUGGAUUAUUUAAUUUUUAAACAAUAAAAUAAUAAUAGCUUGAUUUUCGUUAUAUGAUAUAAAUAGAAAAUAUAUGCUUGUAUGUUUCUUUUUAUUUUAGUCCAACCAACAUUAGAUGUUUUACAAAAAGCUCGUUUAAAUAUCGAAAAUCAUUUGAAAGAUUCAAAUUCAAAUAAUAUGCCACCCGGUAGUGCUCAAUCACAUCAUCGUCGACGUCAUCAUCAUCGUACAAAUAAUCAAGAUUAA